AUGUCGUUCUCCAGCGUCCCGAUCCUGGAUCUGUCUCUCGCGCGAGACCCGGCGACGAAAGCGCAAUUCCUCGUUGAUCUCCGCCAUGCACUGCUUGAGGUUGGUUUCCUGUACAUCAAAAACACGGGCAUCCCGCCGGCGCUGGUCGACGAGGUCAUUACGCUGGGGAAAUCCUUCUUUGACCUCCCCGAAGAGAAGAAGCUCGAAAUCGAAAUGAAGAACGCGCCCUCGUUUCUCGGCUACAACAAGCUCGGCAUGGAGAUCACACGCUUCAAGACGGAUUGGCGCGAACAGAUUGACUUGUCGACGCCGCAUCCGAUCCCGGGCCCAAACGAUCCGUUGUACAGGAACCUGUUGGCGCCGAACCAGUGGCCCGAUCCCAGCGCCCUGCCGCGGUUCAGGGAGGUGUACGAGGACUAUAUGUCGCGGAUGGGCGAUAUGAGCAUAGAAUUCACGGGCCUGAUCGCCGAGGCCAUCGGUCUACCGCCAGACGCGUUUGCGCAGUUCUUCGACGAGGCACAGCAGCAUAAAUUAAAGAUUGUCAAGUAUCCCGACUUGGAGGAGCUGGGCGUGGAAGGGGAAGCGCAAGGCGUGGGGCCCCAUAAGGACAGUAUGCUCACGAGCUACCUCUUGCAAGCGAGCCAUCACCGUGGACUGCAGGUGCAGAAUGCAGAAGGGAAAUGGGUAGACUGUCCGCCCAUUGACGGGACAUUUGUAGUUGCGAUCGGACAGGGGAUGGAGGCACUCACUCAGGGCGUCUGUCAGUCGACGACACACAGAGUGCAGAGUCCGCCUCGAGGGUCUGGUGCAAGGUACAGUAUCCCGUUCUUCCAGGGCGUCAGCUAUGACGCGACGUUCGAGAGCAUGGACGUGCCGGACUCGGUGAAGCAAUUAAGACGGGACAUCCUGGCGAAGAGGGGCGGCCAGAGACUGGACGACAUCGAGUUUACAUUUAUCAAGGGCAUGUGGAGCCGGCUGGGCGAGGCGACCCUGAUGAACAGGAUUAAGAGCCACCCGGACGUGGGUGAGAGAUGGUACCCUGAACUGCUGAAAAAGAUCCACGCCGACCAGGCCGAGGAAGCAGCCAAGUUUGCUGCCGCCGAGGCAGCAGCAGCGACCAAGUCGACGUCGAUUCCAGCGCAGCCGCAAUCCAUACAGGCACAUUAA